AUGGACGGCAGUCAUAAGCAUCGUAUAAAUAUUAUGAAGACAAACCAGCCAUUUUCUUGGAGAAAGAAUACCCCUAAAGAAAGAGCAGCAAUGCAGAAUGACAGAAGAAAGCAAAAGAGAAAGGCUAGAGCGGCGAACAAAGAAGAUAAAAGAAGAAAAGCUUUGUUAGCACUUGAAGAUGAGCGAGUGAUGACCGUAGCGAAGAAAGAAAGAUUGCUCCAUCUUGCGAGGAAGUAUUACGCUAAAUGGCAUGCUCUACAUCUUCGUGAACGGACUAGCAAAAUGGAUAAAUCAAACACUAUGGAGAAUGAGAAACAGGCACAUAAAGAUGCCCCAGUUUCUGCAGACCAACCAGUGUCAUAUGUAAAGAGAAGUCAUCUCAGUCAUGUGAAAGAUCCAAGUAACACAACUCGCUUCCGGUCACGACAAAGUGGUUCUACUGACCAACCUCUGUUACUGGGAUGUGGUGUCUUUGGACGUUGUUAUAAAAUGUAUUACAGAGGGAUUUCAGUUGCUGUUAAACAAUUUAACACACACCUGUCAUCAGAGUCCAGUGUUAUCAAAGAAGCAUCACUGAUGAAACAGUUGGAUCACCCAUGUUUUCCCUACGUUUAUGGUAUUUGUGUACAAAGCAAACCUUACCUGUUAGUACUUCAGGUUUGCAAUGUGGAAGGCAAAGCAUACACUCUUCACAGGACGUUACAUAGCCGUACCUUGGUUUUAAAAAAUCAAGAGUGGUUUGAUGUCAUUUUGCAACUUCUAGAAGCACUCAAAGUGUUGCACAACUCUGGACUGAUUCAUCAGGAUAUAAAAGGUGAUAACAUCUUGCUUACAUACAAAAAUACACUGUUUGUGCCAGUAAUCAUUGAUUUUGGAAAGUGCACUAGAAAACAGGAAGCCAGUAGAAAAGUUUUGUCCAAACAAGAAAAAGAGACAUACAAACAGAAGUACACACAUGUUGCCCCUGAAGUUGUUGCAGGAACCCACCCUCCAUCUCAUGCAAGUGAUGUAUAUGCCCUUGGCCGUCUGUUAAGGCAGAUUGCAACCAAGAUUGGUUGCAAGCCACUUCUCUCCCUUAGUGAAUGCAGCUUAAAGAAUGACCCAAAUGCUAGGGCUUCUUUGGAUCACCUCUUGGUCAGUGUCAAGUCUCUGUCAUCAUGA